UAAAUACAAAGCGUAUGUCAACUCCACCACCUCUUCAUCCACCCUUCAACUUGAAAGGUUUCUGUUCCAUUAAAAAAAAAUCAGAGAGACACAGCUUUCCAAUCGACCGAAUACCUUUUUUUUUUGUAUUUGAUUUUUUAUUUCCGGCUUCUUCUCUCCCAUUUGAUGAUUAUUCCAAACAAACACACCUCCAUGGGAGUGUUUAUCUUCUAAUUUUUACCAAAUCCUCUUCGUUUUUUUGUCGGUGAAUUUGGAAUUUUCUCCUCUCCCCCAUAAUCGUAUAAUACCACCUGCAAUCUCUCUCUCUCCCCUCCGACAUCCUUAUUCUCUGUCAUAAAAACCUGAGCAUGUAAGAGUCUCUCUCUCUCUCUGUACGUAUAAACCCAGAUCGAGAAAUCGGAUAAUCUUGCAGACCCAGUUUGAAAGCCAGAGACUUUGGGACAGAAGCUCGUUGGAAGGGCAUGGAGUGCAGCGGAGGAGGAGGUGACGUGGCAGGUACGAGGAAGAGGGAGAGGCCGUACAAAGGGAUAAGGAUGAGGAAGUGGGGCAAGUGGGUGGCCGAGAUUCGGGAGCCGAACAAGCGGUCAAGGAUCUGGCUUGGUUCUUACUCCACUCCCGAGGCGGCGGCUCGCGCCUACGACACCGCCGUCUUCUACCUCCGUGGGCCCACCGCUCGCCUCAACUUCCCGGAGCUCUUGCCCGGCGACAAAUUCUCCGCCACCGAGGACUUGUCGGCGGCCAACAUCCGGAAGAAAGCCACCGAGGUCGGAGCUCAGGUGGACGCCCUCGGCUCCUCCGUCCUCAACACGCGCCACCGUGUGUUUGGUCAGAACCGAGACUACGGCCUCCACAACGACAAUCUUCCUCGUGAUUUUCAAAGCCACGGUCACAACGACGAGGACGAGGACAAGAGGUUGAAGAGUGGAGUUGGGCGGGUUGACUUGAACAAGAUACCCGACCCGGAUAGCUCUGAUGAUGAUUGGGAUACCAAAUAAAUUUAAUCUUACAAAAAUCAAAGAAUCAAAGAGAGAGAGAGAGAGCAAAAUCUUCUCUCGUUUCUCCACUCAUCUCUCCGUAUGUGUUGAAAAUUUCUGAAUAUUUUUUAGGGUUUUUUUUUUUCUCUCCUCUGUUAUUUUGCAAUUCAUCUAUUUUUCCCACGAGGAUUUUGAGAAUGAUGGAACUUUAUAGGCAAUUGAGAAGCAGCCCAAUUGUAUAUUAUCAUGUCGAAUUAUCGAUCUUCUCUGUGUUCUCUAGUCUCGAUUUUUUUUUACUGCAUGCAAUUUGUGUUCUUACUA